AUGAACGGCGACCUCAGCCUGUCCCGAGCUCUCGGGGGCCUGCGGAUCGCAAACCCCGACGACUCGUCGCCCAGCCCCUCGCGAGAGGCUUCGUUGGGCCCCGAUGAGUUCCCAGGGAGCCAGUCGACUCCGACUGCCGAGGAACCCCGCGACGCCUUCCCUCGUACGCCGCAACCUGUCGGACCACAGAUGACGAGCGAAGAGCCUCCACGUCACACAUACGAAUCCGCUGCUGCAAUACUCAAGACAGCGCAAAACAACCUUAAUGCUGCACGGGGGUAUUCGAAUCCUCCCAGCUCCGUCGAUAACUACCCCCAACCACAGUAUCCAACAUAUCAACCGACAAAUGGGAACCUUUCUCCACCUACAACUCCUCUCCCAACGCCGAGUCCGGCCACGGAGCGGAGCCAUCAGGGGGCACCGUACGCGAGUCUCAGGACUGACCCGUCCCGAACUUCAGCGUAUGGAGUACCUUCAAGAAGCGGCUCAAGAUCAGACGCCGCUAGCUUGGCACAAAUACCAUCUCGAGAAACGAGCCGGUCGCACCAGGCUGCUAGUCGGAUAGGGGCAGCACCUCCUGGAAACAAUGGCCCAGGCGGUCCAAUGCCACCUAGGAGAAGCUCUAAAGGGAUGGGGGUCGGAUAUGGCUCGGUCCCAGGCGUUCCGUAUGCCCCGUCCAACGGCAGUUAUGUGCCUGAUAUGCAGUCACUAGCAAGCAGCGAAGACUGGAAAGAUCGGGGUGCUGCAGUGAGCAUGAGGAAAGAGGUCGACGCCGAAGGAAGAACGGUGAUCAAAUCGGUCAAGAAGGGGGUACGGGACUUUUCAUUUGGCCGAGUACUCGGAGAGGGGUCCUACAGCACCGUCUAUCUUGCCACAGACCGCCAAACGCUACGAGAAUACGCGGUCAAGGUGCUUGAGAAGAAGCACAUCAUCAAGGAGAAGAAGAUCAAGUAUGUCAACAUCGAGAAGAACACGCUAAACCGGCUCACGGAGCAUCCAGGCAUCGUCCGGCUCUACUACACAUUUCAAGACGAGGCCUCGCUCUACUACGUCCUGGAUCUAUGCAAUGGCGGGGAGCUGCUUGGUGUUUUGAAGAAGACGGGGACAUUCGAUGUCGAGUGCACGAGGUUCUACGGCGCGCAGAUAUUGGACGCAAUAGCGUACAUGCACUCACGCGGAGUGAUUCAUCGCGAUCUCAAACCUGAAAAUGUGCUCUUGGACGACCAGAUGCACGUCAAGAUCACCGACUUUGGCACUGCCAAGCUGUUGCCCGAUCCCCGAGAUCCCAGGCCACCGCCAGAGGACGCCUCUGGGCCGAACGGCGCGCAUGACGACAAUAGGACUGCCUCCUUUGUCGGUACGGCCGAGUACGUGAGCCCUGAGCUCCUGACAGACAAGUCUGCGGGGAAGCCCAGCGAUUUAUGGGCGUUUGGGUGCAUCAUAUAUCAGCUGCUCGUGGGCCGUCCACCUUUCAAAGCGGCCACCGAGUACCUAACAUUCCAGAAGAUCGUAGGCCUUGAGUACGAGUUCCCUGCCGGUUUCCCCCCCGCAGCUCGCGAUCUUGUCGAGCGAUGUCUCGUGUUGGACCCCAAUCGCCGCCUGACGGUGGAGCACAUUAAAAACCACGAGUUCUUUGACGGCCAGCAGUUUGGCAAGGAACUGUGGAGGAUUAAGGCCCCGCGUCUUCGGCCGUACGUGCCACCGACUCAGGAGCCUAAUAUCAUACAGCUGAACGGUGUUUCCUCUGGCUCGCCCAAGCCAAUCACAACAUCUCGGGCCCCUCAAGCAACAGCGAAUGGGUCGAGGCCAGCGCGGAUCAUCACGGAACUGCCGCCGCCUACGCAACUAGAUAUCGAAUGGUCACCGGUACUGACAAGGAACAACGAGAGGAUUUUGAGGCUCGGCGACUUGAUGGUGAUAUCCUCUCCUAUUCCGAACAGCCCUCAUGGGCGGAGCGAGAGUGACGGGCACAAGAAGCUAUCCCGUUUCUUUGGCGGCAGCACGACUAAGAAACGGCAGCGGCUUGUCAUGAUUACCUCGGGUGGGCGCAUCGUCCUUGCUCCGUCUGGCGGAGAGGAGAAGCGGGCGAAGCAGGAGAUCUCGCUACUUGCCCCGGACUGUGUGUGGAAGGGUCAAAUCGACGCAAAGGGCCAACCAGUCUUUUGCGUCGACACAGGUGGUGUGCAUUACACAUUCGAGGAGCCCAAGUCAUCGCAGACUGAGGGUGCAAAAUUUUCUGUCGACGACUGGAUAGAGUCGUUGGAGCGGGCCAAAGACCUGGCCAUAUCACAAAACCUGGUCGGAUCUUUCAGCAACGAUAACGGAUUUGGCGACAUGUCGUCGGACAUGUCGAGCCCGGCGAGUACAAUGGGGGGGAGGUCAACCUUUCCGGAGGGCUUUAGCGUCUCGGACCGGGCGGGCCGCAACCAUCCCAGUAGAAGCCAGGCAAGCUUGGAGGAUACGACCCUGGUGAAGCGCAACCGCUUUAGCAAGCGACAGUCCAAGACCGGGCUGGGCGGGUUGGGGGCGGCUUUCUGA